GAGAACCGAUCGGGGCUUCGGUCUUCCACCAAACUUAAUAUAAAUAUUCGAAGUUGGACUUCUGGGCCUAGGAAGCCAUGGCGCAACAGAGCAAGGAGCCGUGCAAGAAGGAGGCCUGCGACAUUCAAGCUUGCCUCUCCAAGAACAAUUUCAUCCCUCAGAGGUGCCUAAAAGUCAUCGAACUACUGCAGUCAUGCUGUGAAAAAUGCAACUAUAAUUCAACACAUUGUGCUUCCGUCUCUGGACUUUUGAAACAAUCCCAUGUAAGAAACCCUUGAGUUGUUGACAUACAUUGGGGAUCAUUGUCUCCUCUUUUAUACAUGAAAUGAAAGCAAGUCCUUGGAAACCAUA